UGUGCAUGCGUACGCAACCCAUCUGACAACCGGUCGAAGCACUAUCUCUUGUAACAGCAGUUUAAUCUCAUUCUCACAGGGUUCAUACAUCUUAAUGAUCUUUUCUGAAAAUGUCGAUUUUUAUGUAAUUUAGACUUUUAUAGGAUUUGGAUGAUUUACGAGAGGUAAUCGAUCCUCUACUCUUCUUCUAAAUGUGCGGUUCUGGUUAAUGUUCAAUCUAAGUGACUGAAGAAAAAGGGCAUGGAGAUGUUGCGCCGCUCCUCAGUUUUUGCGGCUGAAGUCAUGGAGGUGUUUGAUCGCUCCCCCACGCAUGAGGAGCUGGUGUCUCAGUCGAAAGUGCUGUGUAGAGAUUACAUUAACUCCAGACUCCACCGGGCUGGAAUCGGGUGGUCUAAACCGGAGCACAGAUCAUCGGGAGGAACUCUGGUUGAAGUGUCUUCAGUCCUGCUGUGGUUAGGUGGCAAGCUGGAGUACCUGCAUCCGAAUGUAUACUGCAAUGUAGCACAACAGCUCAACAUUACAGUUGCCUCUGAGAAUAUAGUUUCUGAUGCCUUUUUGGCUGUCGCUGCAGAACUUUUUUCCACAGGUGUAACAUGGGGGAAGAUUGUGUCUUUGUAUGCAGUAGCUGGAGCUUUAGCUGUAGACUGUGUCCGGCAUAGCCAUCCAGCCAUGGUACACACCAUUGUUGACUGUAUGGGAGAGUUUGUCCACAAGAGCCUUGCGUCCUGGUUAAAAAGGAGAGGAGGCUGGACAGACAUCACAAAGUGUGUAGUCAAUACAGACCCCAGUUUCCAUUCUCACUGGUUAGUGGCAGCUGUCUGCGCCUGUGGUCACUACUUCAAGGAUGUGGUCUUCUACCUGCUUUGGGAAAAAUGAAGGGCAAUAUUACCAAAUGAUGGACUACUGGACUCUGUCAGAAGGGGUUUCUAUUCACCGCUUCAGUCUUUCAUUGCUCUUAACAUGUUUACACUUGCACAUAGUUUGCACUUUUCCUUUAAUGGACACUCAUCUUGAUGGACCGUCAUCUUUAAAAGGAUAGUUAACCUAAAAAUUAAAAUUCUUUCAUCAUAUACUCCCAUUCAUGCCACCCCAGAUGUGAAUCACUUUCUUCUGCUGAACAUAAAGAUUUUAGAAGAAUAUCUCAGCUCUGUAGGUCUUUAUAAU